AUGUUCCGAUUGUCAAUGGGAUGACGCAUAGUCUACAAAAAGAAAUAAUUAUCGUUUCGUAUGUGUAAUUACUCAAUAAUUUUGCGAUAAAGCGAAUUAUUUACUAUUUCAAGUUAUUAUAAUAUCAAAAAAUGAGUUUCCUAGGGAAAAUAUUUGGUGGUAAAAAGGAGGAAAAAGGGCCCACGACACAUGAGGCGAUACAGAAAUUACGCGAGACAGAGGAAUUACUCAUCAAAAAACAAGAGUUUCUAGAAAAGAAAAUCGACCUAGAGAUACAAACAGCAAGAAAGAAUGGCACAAAGAAUAAGCGCGCGGCAAUCGCGGCACUCAAGCGCAAGAAGCGUUACGAGAAGCAGCUUACCCAGAUCGAUGGAACGCUCACGCAGAUCGAGGCGCAGCGGGAAGCGCUUGAGGGCGCCAACACCAACGCUCAAGUACUGAACACCAUGAAGGAGGCGGCCAACGCGAUGAAGCUCGCCCAUAAAGAUAUUGACGUGGACAAGGUACACGACAUAAUGGACGACAUAGCGGAACAGCACGACAUAUCGCGCGAGAUCACCGAAGCAAUCAGCAACAACGUCGCGUUCCCCAACGAUAUCGACGAGGACGAGCUUGAGAGGGAGCUUGAGGAGCUUGAACAGGAGGAUCUGGACAAGGAGAUGCUGGGCAUCAACGUGCCGACGGACAAGCUGCCGGAUGUGCCCGCCUCCGAGCUGGUGCACGACAAGCCCAAGCCGAGCAGGUCCAAGCAGACUGAGGACGAUGAGGAACUGGCCCAACUGCAGUCGUGGGCGACAUAGAUCCGCGCCUUUACAACAUGUGAUAUAUUUACUUGUAGCGUUAAUUGUGUAUAGUAUCAGUUUUGUUUGCCAGUGCAUAUUGAUAAAUCACACGAUUCUAGCUUACAGUCUAUUUGAAGAGCUAUUUUAGUUUAGAAUGGAUGUUUGAAAAAUGGUCCUUCGAACCAGAAUUUUUAUCUGUAUCUUCAAACAUAUAGGGUAGGAAUUAAUGCCUUGAGUAUCGACAUUUUUCAGUGUUUCUAUCGAUACAUAAUACUGAUAAUUUCACAAUACUAAUCGAUUGUCGAUAUAAAACAUCGGUUACAAAUAUUCGAAGAUUAGUGUGCUCAAAAUGUAGAAUCUCUGAAAAAUAAGCACUGUCAAGCCAAACUGAAAUAUAAAUAUGUAUUUAACGUCAAUAUUGCUUGAGACCCUUUAAUCUGCCUUAUAUAUAGUCUAAAUAUUGAUAGGAUUCGGAAUGCGUACGGCAGAUUUGUUUUGAAUUUAUUUUUUACACUAACAUUAAGUUACAUACAAUAUAGUUGGCAUUUGUCAUGCAAAAAAAAAGCGUACACAAAAAAAAAAUUAGUAUAAAAGAUUUUCAAUGGCUUGGCCGAAAUAAAAAAAAGAGAUUGCAAUUAUUUUUUUUUUAUUAAAAACGCAAUUUUACAAAAGAUUCGCGGUUGGAAACAUUCACGAAUUGUUGGUUGUUAUAUUGAAAGGAAAAAUCUAUAUGAAAUAAUUAAAAUCUUCGAGUAUAGUCUAAUGAUUUAGCACAUUUCACUAUGAUAAUUCAUCAGUUAACAAUAUCACAUUUUUUGUGUGUUAAAAAAUUCCGCGUGGAAUUUAAAUUGUCAUAGAAUUCAUAAAAAAAGUCUCAGAAGCAAAACCUCCGAUAAAUUACAGGAAAAAAAGGCAAAUGGAAAGAUACUGUCGUUUAAUUAAAAAUGGCGAGGAGUUACAAUUAGGAAGCACUUUCUUUCGUGCCUAGAUCACUAUCAGUGUAAUAGCAUAGAAUGAAACGAGCAAAUAGCUCGCACGAUGUUAUGGUGGUAGGAUAUUUGUAUCCGCCCGGAUAGCGACCACCGUAAACAAGCAGUCUUACUUAUAAAAAAUUCGCAAAGCUAUGCUUAGUUAAAACACAAAUUUACUCGAUCAGCUGUAAGUCAAAACCCACCAUCUUGCCUUUUAAUAAGGUUUAAACUAGGAAACCGGUGAUGUUUUUGACAGCUAUUUAAGCAAUUCUUAACCAUCUCUUAACGCUAAAACAAGUUUAUAAGUAAGACUGAAGGACUCAAACCACUACGUGGCCACUCAAAGCCCACGUAAGUCGCGUUCCGGGAUCAGCCUGUGUAUAUCCGUUUCAAACAGGCCGACAUAAUUGUGUCGACUGGCGUCAUGUAAAACUACCUCUCGCCAGCGACCUCACACAGCGUUUCUCAACGGUUCAAUUUGUUAGCAAUUUUCUUCUUCGUGAAAUGUAGAAACAGCUUUCAACGUACUCUCAUAUAGUAUUAACUGCCAUUUUCGAUAAACUAUUCCAAUCGCUCUUUCGAUCCUUCGCGAAAAUUGACCAAUCAGAACAAAGAUUUUUUAACAAGACAAAUGGCUUAUUAUGAUUGGUCUAUUCUCAGGAUCGAAGCGAGGAUUAAAUGGUAUAUUGUAAACCGCGGUUAGGAACCUUCGAGAAGCGAGCUUGUUCAAUUUCAAAGAUCGGCAGUUAUUCCUCUGAUGUUGGAUAUUUAUGGCUUGCUCACCAUCAGAUUGUAUGAGACCUAUAUGUAAGUACUUGCAGCAGUGGCGAAUGUUCAUAUAACAUGCAUGCUCCUAUAAUUGAAGAGGCACGUCACAUUGCUAAUUGUACAAAUGCUACGACAUUGUCUUUAUUAUAUGCCGCGUAUCCUUCGUAGGAGGUCCUUAAAUAAAUAAAUAAAUAAAUAACCAGAUUCCUGCCGGCUUGCCUUUAUCUGGAAUCUAAUUAUCAUUAGAUUUGUAGACCGCAUUCAUGCAUGUAAGUACAUAUAUGUUAUGUCGGGUUCCCUUUUGGAAAAUUUCACCUUUCUCCACUGACUUGUACUAUGGAAUACUUACAUCCACAUAUGUAACCUCAAAAGGAGGUAACUAUCAAUAGUAAUUCUUCACUUAUUUAAAUUAAUAGGGCAUUCUUCCAUUAAGCGGUUAUAUACGGACAGCACUGAGCGCAUAUAUAUAUAAGUAUUUUUAAGCUGUAAUAAUUUGUGCAUAUGGUUUAAUAAAUUUUUAUUUUAAGAA